AGCCGCGUCGCUCGCCCGUCCCCUCCGUUUCGGCCCUCGCCGGUGGCCGCCGUGGGACUAGGAUAAAAAGAUGGCGUUUGUGAAGAGCGGGUGGUUGCUGCGACAGAGUACUAUUUUGAAGCGUUGGAAGAAGAAUUGGUUUGACCUGUGGUCAGAUGGCCACCUGAUCUACUACGAUGACCAGAGUCGGCAGAGUGUUGAGGAUAAGGUCCACAUGCCCGUGGACUGCAUCAACCUCCGCACAGGGCACGAGUGUCGGGAUGUCCAGCCUCCAGAUGGGAAGUCGAAAGACUGUAUGUUGCAGAUUGUUUGCCGAGAUGGGAAAACCAUCAGUCUUUGUGCGGAAAGCACAGAUGAUUGUUUGGCCUGGAAAUUUACACUUCAGGAUUCCAGAACAAAUACAACUUAUGUUGGCUCAGAAGUGAUGUACGAUGAGACGAUCGUGGCUGCGUCCCCACCUCCAUACUCGGCGUAUGCUACACCAACCCCCGAGCAGGCUUAUGGCUACGGUCCAUACAGUGGUGCUUACCCACCAGGAACUCAGGUUGUCUAUACUCCAAACGGGCAGGCUUAUGCUGUACCCUACCAGUACCCGUAUGCAGGAGUGUAUGCCCAGCAGCCUGCCAACCAAGUCAUCAUCCGUGAGCGGUACCGGGACAGUGACAGCGACCUGGCCCUGGGCAUGCUGGCAGGAGCGGCCACGGGCAUGGCCCUGGGGUCUCUGUUCUGGGUCUUCUAGAUUCUCCUCACCCCUAACGUGUGCAUAGCUCCUGAGACCAUGUGCAAUAAUGUGACCUGCAAGAUGUUCCUGAUACAUAUUUCAAUUAAUAGUUUAACAGUUCUGAAAGUAGUGCCCUUGUAAUUAUAACUAAUCCCAGAAGUUCCCACCCCGAGGCUGGGUGGCGGAGGCCUCGACGGCCUGGCUCACUCCGAGGCUUUCCUGUGGAGCUCUUCCUGGAACAUCCAUGUCUUUCAAGGCAUUUUUUUUUGUUUGUUUAGAGUUACACGAAGUGCUGAAGGGAUCCUUUUAGUAUUUGGUGAUACGACCAAGUGAUUAUGGCAAGAAAAAUGAAAAUUUCUCUCAGCUUAACAACACACUUUAUCAGAUCAGGGCUGACCGUUGCUUCCAGUUGGAUUGUUCCCAGGGUGUGUUGUCGCAGCCUCUGGAAUCUGUUGGCCUGAACAAGGCUGCUGCUCAGGGUGAAGCCAGGGGAGGGGAAGUCCCCUCCUGUACAGGCACACUUCUUUGCUUUCUACUUGAUUUCUUUUGAUAGCAGUCUUUGAGAAAAGCCCCAAAUGAGGAAUUUAUUUGAGCCUCAAAUUAGGACCUUAUCCUUUAAAACUUGGAGGAGGAAAACUGUUACAAGGAUGUGCAGAAGAUUUGCUUUAGUCACUGGCUACUGUCUGUUGUGAUUAUUUAUUUUUACCGUCUCCUAAGCCUACUUACUUAGAGCUUAUUUUUCUCCUUGCUUAGAUAGUAACAAAGGAAUGGUAAGGAAAGUGGAAUGGGAGCUACAGUCACCGCACGAUGUUUCGGGCCUGCCAGGAAAUGCACGGUGCUUACGCUGCUUUUUUCCUCUUCUUCUGAAAGCAGGGGAAGGGAAGAUUCCCUGUUGGUGCGGGCUGGCACCAAGAGCUCUCUGUGUGACAGGGAGCACUUGGCCUCGGGUGGUGUGCUGGAGUGUCAGCCCUGGGCUUUGGGAGAGAGUUUGUGCGUGGGAAAUGAUUGCCUAAGGAUAGGAGUGACAUGCUCUAGGUGCCACUACUCAGCCUGUUUAUUCCUCUCCGGAUGUCACAGAGAUGCUUAAACCAUUUCAUGUUGAGCCUAACUUUGUGUGACACUGAAAAAUCCAGACUUCAGUUGUGUUUCUUUUUUUAUCUAUUACUUUUUAAAACCUCUCGUUUCAGUUUUAUGUCCUACGCAUUUCAAAAAAUAGUUCUUUGCAGUGACAGUUGAACGCAGUGAGAGUUCCUGUCCCCACACUCCAUGUGGCCCUAGUAGCAGAUUUUUUAUUGUGGCAGUUACCGGUGCACCAGCUCCAUGUUUGAUAGACUUACACAGAUUUCCAAGUGAAGUCUGAUGCUAAAUAAACAGGCCUAUUUUUCUGGUCAAUUUUGGUGUGGGCUUUUUGAUGCUUAAGAGAUUUUCCAGUCGAAAGAAUGUAUCCUUAACUGUCAUGUGUUUGGUUAUCUCACAGGAUGGAAAAUUGCCAGAUGUAAUACAGUUCAACACUGGUUUGAAACGUUGCUUUCAGCCUUUAGAAUUUCACAGCUCCUGUAAUGAGAAUGGCUUUGUUUGUAAUCAUUAAAUCUGUAUGCUUUACUCAAAAUAUUAAAAAUUUGUUAAUGUUGCA